AGCCGCCAUAUGGCCAAUAGGCUCUCUCUGUUUCACACUCAUUCUCCCCAGGCACUGCCAUACAUCGCCUUCCGUUAUGGUCUCCAUCUCUGUUCACACCAAGUCGAAAUCACAUGCGCCUGGAAAUCCACCAUCUGCCGAGAGAAGCUGGCGGAUGUCAGCAGAAGCCGGACCAGCAGCAAGACCUUGCUGACGCUCCAGCUGGAGAGGAGGAGACAUCAAGGCCCACGUCUGUUGAGCUGCUUUCUGAACAUCGACUUCAUUCUUCUUUUGUUUCAGCUGUAGCUGAGUGAGAUCAAUUACGGCAGGUGACAAACACAAGGAGACAGAAACGCAGAGGCAGAGAGGAAGGAGAAGAGGCCAGCACCCCUGGGGAAGGAGAGCACUUCCACCGCCGCAGCCUGCAGCAGUGAGGCGUGUCCCUGCAGCGAUGGAGACUUUGGGCACGGUGGUGGGUAGCGUGCUUGCCGUGCUUGCCGUCUUGGUUCUGCAUCUGGGUCUGGUCCCCGUCAUGGCUCAGCAAAAUGAACUGCAGGUCGGGGUCGCAGGACAGACGGUGACCCUGAGCUGCAGAGGCAUACCUCACGACACAGGGGUGACCUGGAGGUACUACAGGCUUGUUGUAAGGCAGUUUAAAAGUAACCAUUUGAGAGGCAAAGCCACCAUGACGGAUCGAUCUGAAAUCAGCUCCACCAGUAAGCACCUGAAGGUGUGGGACCUGAAGCUCUCCGAUGCUGGCAUCUACACCUGUGAUUCUGGCUCUCGCACAGUCAGUAUCUCACUGCAUGUCUUUCAACUGACAAUCUCUCUGGACGGACACUUCCUACCAAAAGAGGUCCCCGAGCUGAUUUUAAUGCAAAAUUCAUCCCAUCCUCUACCCCACCUCAGCAUCACAUUGUUUGACAGUAACAAUCACACCGUGACACCACAACUACAAAACAAGACCCCUCAAAAAUACAUACUGAUGUUAAAGCAACUGAAGGCUACGGACAAUGGGACUUGGACGUGUCAUGUCCAUUCAGACUCUCCAUUGAUUGAUCACAACAUCACCUUUGAUGUGAAGGUAUUAGGUUUUCAGAAUCCAGAUUUGGAAAGAAAGUAUGCAGCUGUCGAUAGCACUGUCACCUUGUCAUGGCGUCUGAACUUCCAGAAGGUAAAAUGGCAAGAAGGUUUCACAGGCCAGCUGAGCUGGAAGCAAAAGGAAAGUGCGACUGCUCAUGAGCUGCUUGAUUUCAACAUCACGGCACGAGGAGAGCAGCACGAGACCAAAAAAAGCAGCCCCUUGCGGUUUGAGAUACCUGAAAGCAAACCUCAAAGUGCCAUAGAAGUGAAAAUCCCCAAAGUCCAUUUCAGCCACUCUGGGCAGUACUGGUGCCGGCUGGCGUACAGCAGGAGGUACACACAGAGCCAGAUAGAGCUGCUGGUGAUGAAAGUCUCGGCUGACCCUGCUGGGCCGCUCCCCAGCAGGGCUGAGGUGACCCUCACCUGCCAGGUCUCCAGUCCGCUCCCACCCAAUGCCCACUUGCUCUGGGAACGUGUGAAUGGGACUCAGGUGGACGUCAAGAAGUCAAAGCAGCACGAAGUGAAGGUGGAGGUGAAUGUCAGUGCUGCAGGGCUGUGGAACUGUCACCUCAUGGAAGACAACGAGAGGAAGAUCAGCCUUCACUACCUCGUGGAGGAAGCUCCUGUUUGGAUUAGCUAUAUGGCAAUCGGAGCAAGCGUCGGAGGCAGCAUAUUGGUGUUUGGCCUUGCAUGCCUGUGCAUCAUCAACGGCAUAAGCUGGCAGCGGAGAAGGCAACGGGCAAAAAGGAUGGCACGAGCAAGACAAUACUUGCUGGAAAACAAGACAUGUCAGUGCCAACACCAGCUGAAUAAGUAGUAUUGCAGCACUGGAGUCAGAAGGACUGAUGAAGUCUCUGCCUGUACCAAAACACCUGCCAGCCCAUAGUGCUCUGUGCAUCCAUCUCCCUUUCUCCUGUUUUGAUGUAAUUCUGGAUUCCUUCAUCAUUCCCUCAGUCUAAUGCCAUGGAGGGUUGCUGUCUGGCUAGCAGCCGACAGACAAGUCAAGAAACCCUUAAGAGUUAUGAUUGAUCCCCAGUUCUAUAAUGAGAGACACUGAACAGAAGAGAGAGAUAUGUACAUAUAUAUAUGUGCCUGCAUUUUGCUCAUGCACUUAAUUUGACCUUCUUGUGGAACUAAUUUUAUGCACUGCUUUUAUCUGCCUGAGAGACAAUAAAUUACUUCAGGGUUGG